AAGUCUGUUUGCACAACACGUCAUUGAGUUCCGAGCUAUCUUGAAAAGAUUCUCGCAGACGAGGAAGGCAAUCAACUGAUCCUAACACACAGCCAAGGAUUUGAACAUUAUUGUUUGAAGAAGAAUCAUCUAAGUCUACAUUGGAGACAAAAUUAUUACCAGUUGGAAAUUCAUCACUCUUGGACGGCGAUUGCAGACAAGCACCCACAAAGAAUGGAAGAAACCAAUACAUUUUAUGAUGAAGAUUAUUAUUCGAAUGAGUCAACAGAUUAUUCACAGUUUGUUACACUGUGUGAGAAUGUUCAUCUUAAUUCAUUUGGAGCAAAACUUACACCAACUGUGUACAGCCUUAUUUUUAUUAUCAGCCUGAUUGGGAAUAUUUUAGUUUUGUGGAUCCUGAUAAGAUAUGAGAAGCUGAAAACCAUGACCGACAUCUUUAUUUUGAAUCUGGUCAUCUCUGAUCUGCUUUUUGCGUGCUCGCUUCCAUUCUGGGCUGUGGAUCACACAUACGGAUGGAUCUUCGGCAAGGCCAUGUGCAAGAUAAUUAGUAUGAUCUUCUUUAUUGGCUACUACAGUGGGAUCAUGCUACUGACAUUGAUGACUGUGGACAGAUACUUUGCAGUGGUUCAUGCUCUGACUGCAGUGAGAUUCAGGAAGUUCCGCAAUGUUCUGGUGGCCUGUUUGGUAGUUUGGUGCAUUAGUAUCUUAGCUGCAGUUCCUGAAAUUAUCUUUGCCGAUGUUGUCACUGAUGCAGAACAAAACCUUUUCUGUAUCAGCAACUAUCCAAAGGACAAUGAGCUAAUGUGGCAACUGUUAGGAUGCUAUCAGCAAAAUAUCCUGUUCUUUUUAACACCUUUCAUUAUAAUUGUGUUAUCGUAUUAUAAAAUAUUCAACACUGUUGUUAAAUGUAAGGCAAGGAAGAAGCACAAAACAGUUAAAGUUAUAUUUUGUAUUGUGGUUGUGUUCUUUUUGUGUUGGACACCUUACAAUGUAAUUAUCUUCCUAUUUUCCUUGACUGAUCUUCAGGUCCCAUUCUUUUCACGUUGCACUGUAGAGAAUCAGUUGACUCUUGCAUAUUUAAUUUGUCGGACCAUUGCUUAUUUCCACUGCUGUCUAAAUCCCUUAUUUUAUGUUUUUGUGGGUACCAAGUUCCGAGAGCAUCUAAUUGGUAUUGCAAGUAAAUGGUUCCCCUAUUUGAACGUUUGUAAAGAAAUUGACACCAGCAGCACCAAACAGCUCAGCUCCCAUUAUUAUUCGAAUAUUGACCUGAAUCUUCAAACAGUAUUUGAAACCUCGGCCAAGGUGUCCAAGCUACCUCAGAAGGACUAUAUCAGUCAAAGUGAAAAGCAACAACAUCAUUAUAUGAAUAUUAAUUCCAUAUUGUACGAUAAUAUUGAAAUAAAAGUUCACAAAAAUAUGAGGAAAGCCUUAUUCAAAGACCGCGGGGAGGCAAGAAAUCUGCUAGAAUACGCAGGCAAGUUCUACAUCGUGAAAAUUUAA